UGAGCGCCAUGCAAAUCUCUCUGCUUCUAGAACGCCAUUGGCCGCUCGUGGCUCAUUUAACCGCUGUCAAGGCACAUCGUAUGGCUGCCGCUUUAACUAACUUCUCAACUCUGACAGAGAAAGUGGCUCAAAGGCGCAUUCUGUCAGUGGAUGUGAACCAACAACCGGAGAGGAGAUAAAGCACAGAACAUUUCUGAGACUCCCUCUUUCUUGGAUUAUUAAUUAAGUUUACAUUUGACUCAUUUUGAGGUAUAGGAUUGUUGAUCCCUCGUGUGUACCUGCUCUGCCAGACUCGCGCACCGACUGAAUCAGACAUUUUUUUUUUCUGUUGGUAGAAAGUUUGAAAACCAGGUGAAUGUAUAGCAUGAUGAUGGAGACGGACCUCCAUUCCCCUGGACCCCAAACGAACACAAAUUCGGGGCAGACGGGACCGAACAGCGGGUCCAAAGCGAAUCAGGACCGGGUGAAGCGUCCGAUGAACGCGUUCAUGGUGUGGUCCCGUGGGCAGCGGAGAAAGAUGGCCCAAGAGAACCCCAAAAUGCACAACUCCGAGAUCAGCAAACGGCUGGGCGCGGAGUGGAAGGUGAUGACGGAAGCGGAGAAGAGACCCUUCAUCGAUGAAGCGAAGCGGUUACGAGCCAUGCACAUGAAGGAGCACCCGGAUUACAAGUACAGACCAAGACGGAAGACCAAGACCCUGCUGAAAAAGGACAAAUACUCUCUAGCUGGUGGCCUGCUCUCUGGGGCUGGCGGUGGUGGAAUGGGUCUGGGGGUCGGGGUGGGUUCAUCUGGGGUCGGCCAGAGGUUAGAGAGCCCCGGGUGCCACGGGGGCUCCGCCAGCUCAGGCUACACGCACAUGAACGGCUGGGCGAACGGUGCGUACUCGGGGCAAGUGGCUGCAGCAGCUGCGGCCGCGGCGAUGAUGCAGGAGGCGCAGCUAGUUUACAGCCAGCACCCGGGCAGCGGGCACCACCACCACUCACACCACCACCACCACCCGCACAACCCCCAGCCCAUGCACCGCUACGACAUGUCGGCGCUCCAGUACAGCCCCAUCUCGAACUCUCAGGGCUACAUGAGCGCCUCUCCGUCCGGCUACGGCGGGAUCACCUACACGCAGCACCAGAACUCUGGCGUCUCCUCCUCCGCUGCCAUGAGCACGUUAGGGUCGCUGGUGAAGUCAGAGCCGAGCGGUGUCCAGUAUGAGGACUGUCAUGAGGGACUGUCCAUGAAUCACUAUGGAAACCUGUGAUUGACAGACAGGCGCUAGCCCCAUCUGGCUGGCUGGCAGGCCGUCAUUACGAUGAGCAGUAGGAGAUUUGCUGUACGGCGACAGGACCGUAUGAAAAAUGUCAACGAUCGCCAGAGCCCCAGAUUUCCUCCCAUCCCCCAAGUACCUCAGCUAAUGUUACCUAAUGUUAUCUAAUGUUACCUAAUGUUACCUAAUGUUAUCUAAUGUUACCUAAUGUUACCUAAUGUUAUCUAAUGUUAUCUAAUGCCCAUAUUUAUCAUUCAAAUAAUCUAGACUGAAGUUAGCUGCAAUACACCCCCACACACCUCACUGACUCCCCUUAUGUACCAACACCUCAACACACCUCACUGACUCCCCUUAUGUACCAACACCUCAACACACCUCACGGCCUCCCCUUAUGUACCAACACCUCAACACACCUCACUGACUCCUCUUAUGUACCAACACCUCAACACACCUCACUGACUCCACUUAUGUACCAACACCUCAACACACCCCACUGACUCCCCUUAUGUACCAACACCUCAACACACCUCACUGACUCCCCUUAUGUACCAACACCUCAACACACCUCACUGACUCCCCUUAUGUACCAACACCUCAACACACCUCACUGACUCCUCUUAUGUACCAACACCUCAACACACCUCACUGACUCCCCUUAUGUACCAACACCUCAACACACCUCACUGGCUACCCUUAUGUACCAACACCUCAGCACACCUCACUGACUCCCCUUAUGUACCAACACCUCAACACACCUCACUCAAACCCCCUUACACUUUCCCCAUGUACCUCAUCCCAACCACUUUGGAACAUACCCAUCCUCCAACCUGUCUGUCACUAAUCACUCCCUACACUCCUCACCCCAACCAUCCCUCACACCACCCACCCCCUCCUUACCCCCACACACCUUAGCCUGCCUCCUAUGUAAAUACCCUGUCUCCCUCUAUUGGCCUAUGUCUCAGCAGCGCUCUGCAUGUUAACAUUUCUAAACCCCCUCAAAUUGUGACUAACAACCAUUUUGUAGCCUUUAGUCUAUUUGAACAGUCAGCCAGCCAAACAGCUAGAACAGACUGAGACAGACUGGAAGACUGGCACCCUGACCAGAGAGUAAGUGCUGUGUUUAUCCUCUCAUACAUACACCACCAGCUUACUCCGCUUUGGCAGGACAGUGACAAAGGACCAGCCAAUGCCUGGCAAACUGACAGGCAUCCGGGCUAGUUAGCACCUAGGAAGAGGUUCUAUAAAGAUAAAGGAGAAAAGACAAGCAAUGUGUACUCAUCCUUCUCCUCUCCAGUGAAGUCUUACCACUCAUCCUUCACCUCUCCAGUGAAGUUUUACCACUCAUCCUUAUCCUCUCCAGUGAAGUCUUACCACUCAUCCUUAUCCUCUCUAGUGAAGUCUUACCACUCAUCCUUAUCCUCUCCAGUGAAGUCUUACCACUCAUCCUUAUCCUCUCCAGUGAAGUCUUACCACUCAUCCUUAUCCUCUCCAGUGAAGUUUUACCACUCAUCCUUCACCUCUCCAGUGAAGUCUUACCACUCAUCCUUAUCCUCUCUAGUGAAGUCUUACCACUCAUCCUUAUCCUCUCCAGUGAAGUCUUACCACUCAUCCUUCUCCUCUCCAGUGAAGUUUUACCACUCAUCCUUCUCCUCUCCAGUGAAGUCUUACCACUCAUCCUUCACCUCUCCAGUGAAGUCUUACCACUCAUCCUUAUCCUCUCCAGUGAAGUCUUACCACUCAUCCUUCACCUCUCCAGUGAAGUCUUACCACUCAUCCUUCUCCUCUCCAGUGAAGUUUUUCCACUCAUCCUUCUCCUCUCCAGUGAAGUCUUACCACUCAUCCUUCACCUCUCCAGUGAAGUCUUACCACUCAUCCUUCUCCUCUCUAGUGAAGUCUUACCACUCAUCCUGCUCCUCUCCAGUGAAGUCUUACCACUCAUCCUCCACUACAGCUCAUGGCCAAGACACAGCGUACAUUUUGUAGUCAUACAAAUCUUCUACCUUGAGUGAUACCACAAAAGAAACAAUACAUUUUUUUAAAACACUUUCAAAUUGCGUUCUGUCACCUCCCCUUGAAGCCAGAGGAGAAAAUCUCAGUUUCGUUAGAGAGGGAAUUAAAAUAGAGGAUCAUUGUCGAGUACCAGGAGGAAAGGUGGGGGAAACUGUUAUGUGAGGUCACAAACAAACUAUAAUAUGUCAUUUCAAUAGUUUUUCAUUCAUUUGAAAUCUGUUCCUUAAGCUUGUGUUUUUUAAUGAAUGUAAUUUAUCUGGGAGAUGCUUGAUGUAGUGGUUAUAUCUGUGGUAGAGAAAUACUCUGCAGAUUUAAGCAUUUCAUCCAAUGUCGAGAUUUGGAUUAUAUCAACAAUGGCUUAAUCAAACAAUCAUCUUUAUGGAUUUGUAUUAAAGAUUUUAUAUCAACAUAUUAAGUUGAAAUCUAAAUAAUUUAUGUUGAUGAAUUCUUGCCUCUGUCCAUUUUGAGGAUCGACUGUAAACUUGACUUCCCUUGAAAUAUGAAUAAAAUGCUAAAUAA